ACGCGGGGGAAGAGGCCAAGCGGGAAUUCCACGAAUUCGGCGGUGGAGGUAUAAAAUGGCAGGGCGCCGCUCUGCACCCACCACCAGCCAAGCCUAGUAAAGCGCAAAACAAGAGCGGGGGAAGCGCCACCUCCGCCGCCGUCGCUGCUGCACCACCGCUGAGAGAGUGCUUUCGGUCUCAACCGUCCGAGAAAUUCUCAUCCACAUAUUAGCCUCUUAGCCCCCGCGGGAAAGAGAGUAAGAGUGGUGAGAAAAAAUAAAACCGACGAUUGAAAAAUGGCGUCGCUUACUCUGCCGUCUCCUUCUCAGACCAUGCCGUCUGCCCGCCUUGUUCCUUCCCAGCGGCUGCCUCUGCCCCUCUUCCCCCGGCGCCGCACCUCCGACCUGCCGUUCGACGGAGCUCCUUGUCUCUCCCGAUGCAUUCGCGCUCAAAACGCCGCGAAAUGUGAUGUAAGUGAGCCACUGGAUUUCGGGAAUGGGAAGCCAACCAUCCCGGUUCUCAAUGCGAGGACACUGCCCAAGUUCUACGAAUCGACUUCAUUGCAGAACACUGUUAACAGAACUAGCUCGCGGCUGAAACUCUUCUCGGGCACAGCUAAUCCUACUCUCUCUAGAGAAAUUGCUAGGUAUAUGGGAAAGGAACUAAGCAAGAUCAACAUUAAGCGAUUUGCCGAUGGCGAAAUCUAUGUCCAGCUGCAAGAAAGUGUUAGGGGUUGUGAUGUCUAUUUAAUACAGCCAACUUGCCCACCGGCAAAUGAGAAUCUCAUGGAGCUUUUGAUCAUGAUUGAUGCUUGUCGAAGAGCAUCGGCCAAGAAUAUAACGGCUGUGAUUCCUUACUUUGGUUAUGCCAGAGCUGACAGAAAGACUCAGGGCCGCGAGUCGAUUGGUGCCAAGCUUGUUGCAAAUGUUUUGACGAAAUCAGGUGCGGAUCGCGUUCUUGCCUGUGAUCUUCACUCUGGGCAAUCUAUGGGUUACUUUGACAUUCCUGUGGACCAUGUUUAUUGCCAGCCUGUUAUUCUGGAUUAUCUUGCAAGCAAGACUAUCAGCUCCAAUGACCUAGUUGUAGUUUCACCUGAUGUUGGUGGAGUUGCACGGGCACGUGCUUUUGCAAAGAAACUGUCAGAUGCCCCUUUAGCUAUUGUGGAUAAAAGGCGUCAUGCUCAUAACGUUGCUGAGGUGAUGAACCUCAUUGGUGAUGUGAAAGGGAAGGUUGCAGUUAUGGUGGACGACAUGAUUGACACUGCAGGAACAAUUGCAAAAGGAGCAGAGCUGUUGCACCAAGAAGGGGCUAGGGAAGUGUAUGCCUGCUGCACUCAUGCUGUAUUCAGUCCUCCAGCGAUCGAGAGGCUGUCGAGCGGGCUGUUCCAAGAAGUCAUCGUAACCAACACACUUCCAGUAGCGGAAAAGAACUACUUCCCCCAGCUCACCAUUCUCUCCGUCGCCAACCUCUUGGGUGAGACUAUCUGGCGUGUUCACGAUGAUGGCUCCGUCAGCAGCAUCUUUCAAUGACGAAAAUCAUUCUAGGCUUUUUAAUUUAAUUCUUCCAAAUUUUCCCUUCGGCCACAAAUAUUUUUUGUAAGAGCAGUUAAAUUGGAUCUUUCUUUGUUGAAUGUGAUCACUACCCCAUCUAGUUUCGUAGCUUAGAAGUCAUCGUUCUAACCGGAUUCAGGAGUUAAUCAGACGCUUAUCAUCUGUUUAUAUAGGUAAUGUUAACUCUUCCCUGCCCUUGAUUCAAACCCAACACCAUAUUACAUAAUUCAGUAAUGUAACAGGAU